AGCGUGCAGGCGCGGUUGCCGUGGCAGCGCCGGCCCCGGGGAGAGCCGUGGGAGGGCGCGGCGCGGAGCCGGCGACCCGCGGGCUGAGGCGGCGCGGCCCCUGGGAGUCCGCGGCGGCCGGAGGCGGCGCCGGGCAGGCCUGGGCGGCGGGGCGAGGCGCCCGGGCCGGUGGGGAUGCGGGACCGGCUGCCGGACCUGAGGGCGUGUAGAAAAGAUGACGAUGGGGACACAAGUGUUGUUGUUGAAAAGGAUCAUUUCAUGGAUGAUUUCUUCCACCAGGUUGAGGAGAUCAGGAACAGUACAGCUAAAAUAGCUCAGUACGUUGAAGAAGUAAAGAAAAACCACAGCAUCAUACUUUCUGCACCAAACCCAGAAGGAAAAAUAAAAGAAGAACUUGAAGAUCUGAACAAAGAAAUCAAGAAAACUGCGAACAAAAUCCGAGCCAAGUUGAAGUCGAUUGAGCACAGUGUCAAUCAGGAUGAGAGCGGGAGCCGGGCUUUGGUGGAUCUUCGCAUCCGGAGAACCCAGCAUUCCGUACUAUCUCGGAAAUUUGUGGAAGUUAUGACAGAAUAUAAUGAGGCACAGACUCUAUUCCGGGAGCGGAGCAAAGGACGGAUACAACGUCAGCUAGAAAUAACUGGAAGAGCCACGACGGAUGACGAGCUGGAGGAGAUGCUGGAGAGCGGGAGCCCUUCGGUCUUCACGGCGGACAUCAUAUCAGAUUCUCAAAUUACUAGACAAGCGCUCAAUGAAAUUGAGUCUCGUCACAAGGACAUCAUGAAGCUGGAGACCAGCAUCCGGGAGCUGCACGAGAUGUUCACGGACAUGGCCAUGUUCGUGGAGACCCAGGGCGAAAUGAUCAACAACAUAGAAAAGAACGUGAUGAACGCCACAGACUACGUGGAGCGCGCGAAAGAGGAGACGAAGAGAGCCGUGAGGUACCGCAGCAGAGCCAGACGGAUGAGUCCCCUGGAUGAGACCAGAUGCCCUAAGCCAAGGGCGGGCUAGCUUCCAGCUGUGCAGGAAUGCUUGUUAGCUGAGAACAAAGCUGGCUGUGCUCAUAGCCCGGCCUCUGUGCUGCAGAUGAGGUGGAAGGGUCAGCAGCUUCCAGUUUCUCACGCAUGUGCACACACCUCAGUGUGAAAACAUGGGGAGGUCAGAGGUUGGCAAACGAGAGAUUCAGAAAAUGAUGUUCAUUAUUAUUUGUGUAAUUGUUUUGCUUGUGAUCCUUGGAAUUGUCCUAGCAACAACAUUGUCAUAGCAACCAUGUCCCGAGAGCCACUCUCCUCGGAGUCAGACCACACCUGCAGCAAGUCCGCCGCCUCCUGUUCCAUGACUGAGCCCCAGAUGCUGCGACCUGUGGCGCUGGGUGCUGACCGUUUCUUAGUGAAGGAGAGGGCAUAUCUCAACAGGAUGCAUCAUUCAGGGAAAGUCUGAGUGGGAUAGGUGUGACGAGUUACCCCGAACAGCCCUGGACUCUGAACAGCACAUCACAACAAUGUAACAAUGUGAAACUUUCUUCAGUGGCCUUAAAAUAAGGAAUUAUUGAAAAUUUCAAUUUUUUUUAUAUUUCAGUGUUAAAAAUACAUGUGAAGUUUAAUUAGGAAUACUUUGUGUUAGGAAGCUAGUAGAUUUGAGGUCUGAGCUUUCCUUCUCCACCCCUCCCAGCUAACCCUCUAAUUAAGAGAUGUUUUUGUACUGUGUUUAAUUUGUGUUUGUUUGUUGUUUGCAACAAAAAUGUUUAUCAUCACAGCUGUUUUGUAAGAUAUCUAUAACUUUUAAUGUUUAUAAAUUGUUUAAUAUAUUAACAUUUUAAUUCGCUCCAUUUUUAUAUAUUUAAUAUCGCCUUUUGAAAGAACGUUCACGACAUCGUCAGAGCCGCCUUUACAACCGUUGUUUGCCUUCAGCAAAGUCCACGUCGGGUGCCAAGGCCCUGAAAUGCCUUUAAGUGCCUUCUGUUGGUAGCGAUGUGUAGGGCGCCAGUGCCCUUGACACCCUCCAGGACAGUCCCCGUUACUGUGCUCGUCUCCAAGGCUCGACAUAAUAAAUCAGUUCCUGCACUGUGAAAGCCCACGGCCUCUUGCUUGUUCAUUAGAAAUAAAUCUUAUGAGUCCCUGUUUACAUUCCUAAGGCCUGAGCUUAGGAUGCUGAGAAGACCAGGAUUCAGUACUUCCUAAACUCGUGGAAAUUAUUUCCAGACGUUAAUUCUUCUAGAUGUAAACUGUUGUAUGGAAUCCUCAAAUGCUCUUGUUAAGUACUUACUACUCUGCUGAACUAUAGAAGUGAAUUACCAGCGUUUACAGGGAUCGCUCAUUAAAGAUUUUUAUUGCUUAUUCAUGUUGUUUAGUAUAAUAAUACGGUUGUUUUUUUGACUUGUAAAGUGUACGCGGUCUCACUAGUGAGCGGACUUCUGGAAGGUAGCAGCUAGGCAAACUGUAAAUGAACGUGAAGGAUGGUCACAAUGUCGCUAACUCUGGUGAUGGCCGUCUGUGACCGUGUCAGCAUGUCUGUAUUCUGACGUUGGGCUGGAAGCAGAUGGAGAUGUUCUUGGUUCCACACAGUAAGUGUGAAUGAUGCUGAGCGAUUUGGAACUGUGUUCUUUGUGUCCUACAAUUAUGAAUCCCACUCGUUCCUAAUUUAUGCAUGCGGUGGCUUAGCUUACACUCAGAUCUGAAUGCAUUUGCAUUUGCUGGCUGAUCACUGCUGCGUUCUUGGAAUUACGAGAGGAACCUUCUGGCCAUCACGUGUUUUUAAGAGUCUUGAAACCGCCGGUCAGUGGAGUGUGCUCACUGCUGUGUGCCUACAUCAAGACUCGCCUUGAGGGAUAUUUAAAUACUUAGCGAUCAUGCUUGUAUUCAUAUAGCUUUUGGGCACCUGUUUGUAUAAUUAUGUCCGUGUGUCCAUCUGUGUCGUCAUGGUUCUGGUUCUGCUCAUUCAGGUCAUCCUCCCUCCUCUGAAGGCCUGACUGAAUGUGUGCUGCUGUCAUCAAAGUUACAGAAGUGCCUUUUGAUUUCUGUUUAGAUAAAUAAUCCAGUUAGUUAUCACAUAGCACGUCUGUAUGUGUAAGCCUCAAGCACCUGUUUGAGAUGGGAUUUUUAAAAAUAUAUUUACAGAUUCACUUGUUACUUUUUAUCAUUUUUCCAAAUAUUUUAUGUUUACAUUAAAAAAAAAAAAACUGCCAGAGAACUGAAAACAAAUUUACUUUUAGUCUUGUCACUUCUGGAAAGAUUUUUGGGGACAUACUUUAUUGCAUAUCCAUUAAUAAAUUGUUCUCCUGAGAAAACUA